AUGUUCUCUGAUGGAUUGAUAGCAUACAAAGAGAAAGCUUUACCACAGGUGACAAGUCCAUGGAAUAAUUCCAAAGGUUACUAUUCCAUGUCAUGUUACUACAUAUACCGACCUCUUUUAGACUCAACUGUAAAUUAUGGAAGCUAUGAUUUAACAGUUGACUCAGAAAUAUCCAGUCUAAACAUAAGUUUCAACAAAUCACCAGUUGAAGAGAUACAAUUAUGCAUCCAAAAUGAAACCUGCUGCCGCACUUCAGUAAAUUUUCCCAGCAAUGUUACCUCAGGGUAUAUAGAGGCAUGCAUGGCCGUCGAUAUUCAGUUCUUUGUGUCUCCACCACAGAGUUCAAGAUAUCAAGCACGCCGAAAAGACCAGCUUGGAGUAACUUAUUAUGUAGUUUGCCGGUACAAUGGUUUUCGAUGCAGUUUUAUUAUUGGUAAAGUCCAAGGUGAAGCUCAUAUAACUGUAACCUUUACAAAUAAUUCUUUUACUCACAAUAGAACAAUGGAGGGAGAUGAAAUAUCAUCCUCCAGUGUUUAUUCGGUACUCACUACGUCAUCGCCAACUGUAGAGUUUUCAUGCAAUUGUGACCUUACAGGGGCCCAUAUAGAGAGCGACGUACCAGUAAGCGCCUUUUCUGUCAUUUAUCAUAAUUAUAAUCAUACUACUAUAUUACCGCUCGCGCCAAUGGAAUCAUGGGAGAAGGAAUACAGUGUUUUAUCGAUGAGCAAUGCAGUUAUAGACGAGGAAGUGAUGAUUAUAACCUCAACUAUAAAUACUUUUGUGAAAGUGUCAGGGCAUGCUACUGUAAAUGUGCCUUACGCUGGGAGUGUCAUCUUUACUCGUUUUGACCAAGGCACCACGUUACAUGUGAAAGGUUCUUAUCCAUUACUGGUUCUUCACUCUGGUAAUGUCAAUGAUACAGAUGAUGAUUUGAUAAUUAACCUGUAUCCACCCAUGAACAACACUUAUACAUGUCUUGACUCUACUAAUGGUUCUGUUUAUCUAUAUUACAUGUUUCAAAAUGGCACUGGUAGUGUUGAAUUUAAUUGCACGGAGUUGACAAACCAAACAAACGGUUUAACCAGAUAUGACACACAAUUAUCUAUUGAUGGAAUACCAUACACAGUUUCUGAGGUAUAUGGAGAUAAUAAAAUAUGCCAGAUUCACACAUUUGGAAAAACCUAUGGAUAUUCGCUGAUUUUUGACGGCGACAGUUACUUACUACAGACCAUGGGACAAAGAGUUCAUGUCGUCAUAGAAGAAGAUUAUAGUAUUCCAAGCAGUCUCUAUAAUACUGAUCCAAAUGAUAAUACAACCGACAGUUAUGGAGUAGAGUUUAUUGUACUACAACCACCAAAUGCAACCCUAAGAUUGUUCUUAUCAUGUACAGACAUGACAAAUAUUACCAUAUACUAUGAUGAAAUAACCAAUGAGUCCCUCCUUUGUAAUAACACAGAGCCGGCAUACAGUGUUGACGUUAAAACUAGUGUUUCUAGUAAGCUGUUAAGAAUUGAGACAAACUUUCUCAUAUCUGUUUAUGUUAUUGGAUAUUUACUACACGGAAUGUUUGGAUAUUUAGCACUUCCAAUAAAUAUUCUAGGAUAUGAAUAUAUGGUGGUUUCAUAUCUAAAUCAUACAGACAUAAAUAAUAGUCAAUGGAGUAACUGUUAUAUUGUAUCUGUAUACACAAAUACUGAAAUACAUGUGUUACCUAAGUCUGGAUUCGAGGCAGUUUACUAUGAUGGAAAUAUAAUGGGAUCUGAACAAAAAAUAUAUCUAAACGAAUAUGAGACAGUUACAUUAGAAUCAUCAACAAUUGAUCUAACUGGGAUGUAUAUCAAAGGCAACAAACCUUUUCAGUUAUAUUGCGGAGGUUAUUCCACAACUUCUGUAUUUUACGAACAACUAAUUCCUCUGAACGCCUGGGACUAUAUGUAUGUCUUGAGAGAUGUUUCCGAUAUGGCGGAUCAGGAUUGUUUUUAUAGAGUAGUAAGUUCAGAGACCGAUAAUCAGAUCGAAAUCGAGGAUGCAAACGGAGAUAUAUCUAACUAUCACGUCAACCGCGCGGAUUACUUGGACUUGUUUCCAGUAGAACAAUAUAUUAGAUCAAACUUAACUAUUCUUGUGGUGCUUAUUUGUAGAUCAUAUGGUGGAGAUAUUUCAUUGUCUUUAGUACCGUCAAAUAAACAACUCACUGUGACGCCCCAAAAGCCGCCCGACGACAACUUUACAAGCAUAAUUCGAAGACGCAAGAUUUUGUUUUAUCGGGAUGAAUUACUGGUCGCUUCGCAUAUUGCAGCAAUACAGAUUAACACUUUGGCAUGUCCUUUGACAAAAAUAGGAAAUGGUCUCCUGGAUACUGUUGGAUGUUUCUAUGGAACAGGAAAUAAUAACAGCAGUACCGCAAUUAAUAACAGCAAUACAGCAAUAAAUAACAACAAUACAGACUGUGAAUGUAACUGUGACAAGACUCCAAAACAAUCCAAUGAAACACUUCAGGAAAAGGUCGAUCAACUGGUGAAAGAAUUAUCCAUAGAUAAAACAACGCUUUCCAGUUAUAAAAAUACAAAGAUUUCUGCCGCUGACCCCAGACCAAGCUCACGUGGCAUAGGAUCUGUGGCUGCCGUCAUUUUGGCCACUUUAAUUGUGAUUCUUCUCAUAUCUGACAUCCCUAUGGUUAUUUCACAUUUAAAAAUUCUAAAAGCAAAUUGCAUGGAAGGCUUCCAACGUUGCCAAUCCAAAAAAUAA